AUGGCCGGUGGUAAAGCGGGCAAAGAUUCCGGUAAAUCCAAGGCGAAAGCGGUGUCCAGGUCCGCCAGAGCAGGCUUACAGUUUCCAGUGGGAAGAAUUCACCGUCAUCUAAAAAAUCGUACUACAAGUCAUGGUCGUGUUGGAGCUACAGCCGCUGUUUACAGUGCUGCCAUCUUAGAAUAUUUGACUGCUGAAGUACUUGAAUUGGCUGGCAAUGCGUCUAAGGAUUUAAAAGUGAAACGUAUUACGCCACGUCAUUUGCAACUUGCCAUCAGAGGAGACGAAGAAUUAGACACACUCAUUAGAGCUACAAUUGCAGGAGGAGGUGUUAUCCCUCAUAUCCACAAAUCCCUCAUCGGUAAAAAGGGAUCUCAAAAACCACAGUAA